GGACACUUGUUGCCUCUGCAUCCCAGGCCAUGACCCAGGUGCCACAUCACGGCCAUGGGCUCCCGGCUUUCCGCCUCCGCUCGUCCGCCCGCCUGCGCGCGGAGGAAGGAAGAGGACGGCGACCCGUGGGCCGAGCGGGAGCAGGACGAGGCCAUCGCGCAGUUCCCGUACGUGGAGUUCACCGGGCGGGAUAGCAUCACCUGCCUCACCUGCCAAGGGACGGGCUACAUUCCGACAGAACAAGUAAAUGAGUUGGUGGCUUUAAUCCCACAUAGUGAUCAGAGAUUGCGGCCUCAGAGAACUAAACAGUAUGUCCUCCUGUCCAUCUCACUCUGUCUGCUGGUGUCGGGACUGGUGGUCUUCUUCCUGUUUCCACACUCGGUCCUGGUGGAUGACGACGGCAUCAAAGUGGUGAAAGUCCUGUUCAAUAAGGAGGAGUCGCUGGUCCUGCUCGCCAUCACGGCCACCUUGAAAAUCAGGAACUCCAACUUCUACUCCGUGGCCGUCACCAGCCUGUCCAGCCAGGUUCAGUACAUGAACACGGUGGUUGGUACAUACGGGACAACUAACGUCUCCCUCAUUCCGCCCCGGAGCGAGCAACUGGUGAAUUUUACUGUGAAUGCUGAGAUGGGAGGACCCUAUACUUAUGUGUACUUCUUCUGCACAUUGCCGGACAUCCUGGUGCACAACAUAGUGAUCUUCAUGCAAACGUCUGUGACAAUCUCGUACAUCGGCCACACGACCCAGAGCUCCUUGGAGACGCACCACUACGUGGAUUGUGGAGCCAACUCCACCGCCCACUAGGAGAUGCUCUGGGGGGCAGCGCCUUUCAGGAGAGCGCACCCUGUGGUCCUAGCACCCUGGGUCCCUACCUGCUCCAGGUGGUAUAAGCAGAGCAGAAGUUUGUUCUGCAACCUCCAGCAAACGCCCCGGGCACCUGGGGAGGAAGGCCUCUUCAGCAUCGUUGUGUUUCUCAGCACCAGCAGACACUGCCAGAGCACCACCCCCCCCCCCCCCCCCCGAUGCCCAGCAGGUGGUGGUCACUUGAUAAAUGUUUGAAGAAGUCGAUCAGAUCUUCUCAGGUGUUUGGGGGGCACUAGAAUCAUCCCAUGAUCCCUGGCUAUUAAAAAACCACAAACCACAGCGCGGCUUGGAGCGAGGGCUGUUGGUGCAGCCACAGAACGGCUUUAGUGCCUCAUCGGGACGGAAGCCAGGAGGGAGCAUUCGAGCACACGGAAGAAGAAGCCAUGGAACGCGGUCAGUCCGUGAAUCUCUGGUUCCAGGAUGCCUAGGGACUUCAAAAACAAGUACGGGGAGGG